GUUCGAAGAUCGAAGAUCGAAGAUAGAAGUAAGGGAUAGACCUUGUCCUCUCUCCAGACGAGAGAAUUGCUUUUUUUCAAUUAAUAUUAAUUUUUUCUUUUUUUGAAUUUUCCCUUUCGCGAUUAUCCGCAAACCGGUCGUGGGGGGAAAUGAAAAAGAAAGAGAGGGAGAGUUUCGGCGAUGGUAGAUUAUUAGGUCGAUUUCGGCUCUCGGCGCGUGUUCGUGGUUUUUUUCUCUUUUUUUUUUUUCUUUUCUUUUUUUUACCCGCGCCUUUCCAGGUCUUGGCGUUGAGACGGUCAGGGUCAGGCACCAGAGAACAGCCCCAGCGAUCUAGAUGAUCCGACGGACAAAUCGACCGAGUAAAGAUGACUUUUGC